CAAUACCUACCUAUCUAUUCUCAUUACACGAGUCCGUUGAGUUUACACUAUUUGGAGCUCAAGGGUCUUCAGUCUCUGAUAAGUCCUACUAGUCGACUCUCUUACCUGCUGUUGAUGAUCAUAGGUUAUCCCAGAGUUGCACAAUAAUAAUGGCUGACCUUGAGCAUCCAUACUUUCCGGUUGACGCUGUUAUCCCAGGAUAUCUCCCCAACAGCACACCGGUGGCAGAGUUGAUAGUGACCUUUGGUGCAAUCGUUGGUUCCGUAAUUGGCCUCACACUCUGGCAAACGACACGUACUGCAAAGCCUGUGCGGCCAAUUGAUAAGUUUGCUGCUGCUUGGUUUGCGCUGUGCGGUUUCUUGCAUGUCGCCUUUGAAGGUGAGGCAAAGAGAAUGACCCCGUCACAACGCCAGGAUGCUUGCUUGCUUACUUGUCAAGGAUACUAUCUUGUCUACCGCUAUCAACUCCCUGGCAUGUCGACACUCUUCGCCCAGCUGUGGAAGGAAUACACUCUAUCAGACUCACGCUACCUGACCCACGAUAUCUUCACCGUGAGCGUAGAGACCAUCACAUGUGUAAGUUGGGCAUGCUUCUCUCGCUUCACUGACUUACACAGCCUCGACAGCUCGCCUGGGGACCCCUCUCAUUCCUCGCCGUGGUAGGCAUACUUAGGGAUUGGCACAGCCGCCACGUCGUGCAGGUCAUCGUCUGUACUGCGCAUGUGUACGGCGUUGCGUUAUAUUACCUGACCAACUGGAAUGAGUCGAGGGUGCAUGGCGUGGCGUACAGCCGCCCGGAGACUGUGUACUUUUGGAUCUAUUAUGUUGGUUUCAACCUGCCUUGGGCCAUUGUACCUCUCGUGCUGCUGCAGGAUAGUUGGCUGCAGGUUGCCAGGGCGUUUGCAGUCUGGGAAGAAAAGAAGAGGGAGUGAUGAGUAUAAGGCGUGGAGUACAGAUUGAUGCUGUCACAGGUUUCAGGUGAAAGGUCAUCUGUGGUAUAUAAAAAGCAGUGAAACAACACAGUAUACAACAGACUGCUCUAUAAUCAAGUUGUGGGCUGACACUACACUACACUACAUACAGUACAGUACAGUACAAUGCUAUGCAUUACAGUUGGCCGUGUAGACCGAGAAAUGCAUUGCGUUGGUUGGAGCCCCCUAUACAAUUCUCGCACAUCGUCGAGGCAAGC